AUGGGGCGUACAUCAUUCAUACUCAACUUCCUCCACCUGACCACCAUCCAGCCCUCUUCAUCAGUGGUGCUGGCAGCGUACAAUUUUCAUCCAGCGUGCAACUCUUCUAUUUUUAAGCACUUCAUGAAAAGGGACAGGCUAGAACAAUCUGGAUUCAUCGUUGCCGUCGAUCUGCGCGUCAAGAUUUGUUGUCUUUUGUGGGCUGGCCUUUUCUCUUCUGCUCCGACCGCCUGUCUUGUUGCUGAGGUGUUCUUUUCGAGAGUUCUGGAACGGGUGAGGAGGAGAGGCGAUUUCGAGACAGGCGAUCCCCUCGUCGGCGGCGAGGGUCGCGCAGGGCGCGCUACCUCCGUCUCGCUUGAUUUGACGAGGCGAAGGCAGCGAGGCACCGAGGAGGCCCGCGUGGUUUCGCAGUUCAUGGACGGGGGGGUUCUGCUGCUUCUUUUUUUCGUGGCAUCAAGCGACGCCGGAUCUGCUGGUGAGGGAUUUAGUUCAGAAUCCAUAUUUGAUUUCUCUAAUUAUGUUCCUGCCCUCGACAUGGUCCUGCAAAUGCUGGCAGCCCUCCAUCUGUUGAUCCAAUUGCAGGAUUUGUUAAUGAAGCAUGCCUACCAGAUUUUAAUGCUACAAAACCCGAGCCUGAGGAUGAUUCGAAGUUAGAUGCCCAGCCUGCCAUACAUGCCCCAUCUGUCACUGUUGCUAUCGAGGUAAAUGUAUCAUAUAUGGAAAUACUGAUUUAAAUUUUGGCAAAGCAUGCAAUGGUAAUGUUCUUGCUAUAUUGAAGUUAUAAAGUUUUAAUUUUCAACAUUGUCAAUCGUCGAAAUUCGUAAUUGCACUUCAGUUGAAUUUUAUUUGCAUCUCUGCUACUAUUGCAAUUCACGUCAAUGCAUUAUGCAAUUGAUAGCCUCUGUAAUAUCAAUUACAAUCUCGCAAUCUCUACGCCUUCUAAUAUCUCUUAUCUAUCUUUUUUCUGCUUUUAAAUCUUUUUUGGAACAUGAAGUCCCUGCUGCUGAUUGUGCAGCCUGACUGUUGUAUUUAAGUUCAGGUGCUUUGAAUGCUUCUUCUUAACUUUUUAAGGGCUCUCCUACUUGUGAUAUCAAAAGUACUAAUUGUUAAUCUAGUGUAUGGAAGCAUGCAAUUUUAACAUGGGUUCUCUGUGCCGUUAUGAUUUCUUUUUUACAUUCCGAUGCUAACAAUUCAUUACCUGUGUCG